AUGACCUUCUCAGCUCUUGCGUGGACGGCAGCACUUGCCCUUCCAGUUGUCUUUGCGCAGGGUAGAGAAUCCGACCGGUCAAAAUCCCCGAAGAUAGCUCCUCGGAUGCAACCCGAUUCACACAACACGACACACUGGCCCACUAGACCUCUUCCUUGGGGCGAGAUAAAUUUUAUUCAUACAACUGAUACACAUGGAUGGCUAGAGGGGCAUGAGAAUGAGGUCAAUUACGGUGCUGAUUGGGGUGAUUUUAUUUCUUUUGUGACGCACAUGCGUGAUAAAGCUGAUCAACAAAAUGUUGAUCUUCUCGUUGUGGACACCGGCGAUAUUGUCACUGGGAAUGGCCUCAGUGAUGUGACUGAACCCAACGGUCAGGUAUCCAAUAAGCUGUUCCGCAAGAUGGACUAUGACCUACUUACCAUUGGUAACAACGACCUCUAUCACGCAGAAGUCACUGAUGAGAUAAGAGAAGAUAUAGCGGAAUACUAUGGUGAUCGGUAUCUAACUAGCAACGUCGACGUGGAGAUUGAUGGAAAGAAUGUGUCCCUCGGACAGAGAUCCCGAUAUCUCACUACGAAGCACGGGUUGCGAAUCAUGGCAUUCGGGUUCACUCUUCAGGAUUUCAAGGCCCCUGCCACCGUCCAUGUCCAGGGGUAUGAAGAUAUAGUAGAAGAGGAGUGGUUCAAAGAUGCGAUCAGCCAACCAGUCGAUCUCUAUUUGCUUAUUGGACAUGCCGAUAUUGGCCAGGGCUGCAAGAUCAAACCCCAAUAUCAGGGAGACCAGAACCCGUUGAUCUGCAUGAAGGACUGGUUCCGGGAGAACAAACCUGAGAUUCCCCUUCAAAUAUUGGGUGGCCAUUCGCACGUCCGAAACUUUACAUGCUAUGACAGUGGAUCAUCUGGCCUUGAGUCAGGCCGAUACUCUGACACCGUGGGAUGGCUUGCUCUCAGCGAUGUGGCGCCAUCUAACACCUGGAACGGAUCUAAAACCAUAACAGAUGUUCCUAUUCCCACAAAGACAUGCACACCGCACAGUUCGGCUCUGUCUUCACGCACGGAGAAAACUGUUCGCCUUGACCGUCGUUACCUCGAUUUCAACCGUCAGACGUUCGCAUAUCAUGCUUUAGGAGCAACUGGCCCCGAAGUCCCUAGCAGCUUCGAUACACCUUUUGGAUUGAGUGUCACAGAUGAUAUCAAGGGUGAUCGAGACGGUAUGAACCUAACUGAAGAGCUCGGCUGCGCUCCUCAAUCAUACUAUAUCGCGUCGAGCCCCUACAACUGCCCGGAUAACAUCUAUACGUUGGUGAGAUCCGCUUUAAAUGAAACAGUGCAUGGGAACAAUUCCGAUUCUGCCAGACUGAUCAUCUUCAACACCUACGGUAUACGUUACGAUUUAUACCAGGGUCCAUUCACUGUUGGGGACGCAUUCACUGUUAGCUCGUACGCGGACAUUUUUUACUAUAUUGCAGAUGUUCCCUAUGAUGACGUAACAAAGCAACUUCAAAAGAAACUGAACGAGUACAAGGGAACUGAUCCAGAUUAUGAGGAGCCGAAGGAAGACUGCGGCAGUAACAGCGUCAGGUUUUCUACCAGUCGAUACGCGAGCGCUUCUCAACAAAGCGUGCUUAACAGUCGUGCAAGUGACUCGGACAACCUCAACCCUGGACAUGUUACAAAAGAUGAUUUUGGUGAUUGUUCUGCCAGCUCAGAGGACUGCGGUGAUGACACCCUGCACAUCCCACGCCUGGAAAAUGAACCGCAUCCGUACUAUAUGCAAGUCAAGGGCAACAUUAAUGAGAACGAGACGAAGACAGUGGACGUGGUCUUUACAAGUGACAUACAAAAAAAGAUUAUUGAGUUCCUCGGUCUCACAGACAAAGACCCGGUUGUCAAGCCCUACAUGGAUGAGUCGUUUACCACGAGGGAUUUCUUGCAGGUGUAUGCCAAGACGGUCUGGAGUGAGAAGCCUACCUGCGAAAUCGGGCCAUGA